AUGUCUGACAUGGACCGAACUGCGAUUCACGAAGUUAUGGAGCAGGGUCGCGUAACCAUAGCUAAGGCUGGCAUUCAUGCAAAAUUGAAUGCUCGCUGCUCUGUGCUUGCUGCUGCCAAUCCGGUUUAUGGAAGAUACGAUCCCUUCAAAACGCCUAUGGAGAACAUCAACAUGCAAGAUUCGCUUCUUUCGCGUUUUGACCUCAUCUUCGUUUUGCUGGAUGAGCAUGACCCUGAUAGAGACAGUAAAGUGGCCAGCCAUGUUCUCAAAUUGCAUUGCUACCGGGCACCUGGAGAAGAAGAUGGGACGGUGCUUCCUAUGGGUUCCUCUGUUGACACCAUGAGUACUUUUGAUCUCGCUGGUUUUGAAAGAACUAGCGAAAUGUAUGAGAGGAACUCCGAUUGGGUGGAUGACUCACAAAAGAUUUUGUCGGUGGAGUUUGUAAGGAAAUACAUUCAUCUGGCACGUUCCAUGAAGCCGAAGUUGACAGAAUCGGCUACUGAAUACAUAGCUGAUGUCUAUUCAGAGAUCAGAUCUUUCGAUAUCUCAAAGACUGAUAGAGAAAGAACUAUGCCCAUCACUGCUAGGCAGCUGGAAACGUUGAUCCGUCUUGCUACUUCCAUAGCCAAAGUCCGAUUCUCGAAAACCGUUGACAGAGUGGAUGCUGAGAAGGCUUACCAUCUUUUGCAUUUCGCUUGCUUCAAAGAGAAGCCAAAGGCACGUCUCGAUUUCGAAAACCUGAAGAAGAAAGGUGUUGAUCAUAGAAGUGAUGAUGAGGAAGAAGAGGAGGUAUGUCUUAUCCUUAAAAUUUAGUC